GUUUAGAGGCUUGGAGUCGGGCUGUUAAGACUGACGGACUGCUUCCGGUCAAAGGUUCCGGGCGGAGGAGGAAGCUGUGGCUGCCGGCUGUGGACUGCCCGGCCGUUCAGCCCCGAGGCACUGCUGUGGGGCGUUCAGUUUUCCACACUUGUGGCAAAAUAAGCUUCAAGAAGGAACACUGACAAUCCUGUUAGUUGUGGCCCAGCCCUCAUCCCCUGGAAAUGGCAAACAAGGGGAACAAGAAGCGUCGGCAGUUCUCCCUGGAGGAGAAAAUGAAAGUUGUAGAAGCUGUUGACUCAGGCAAGAGAAAAGGUGAUGUGGCAAAAGAAUUUGGUAUCACUCCUUCUACAUUAUCUACAUUCUUAAAGGAUCGAGCCAAAUUUGAAGAAAAAGUGCGAAAGUCAUCAGUUGGACCCCAGCGGAAAAGGAUGAGGAAUGCUUUCUAUGAUGACAUCGAUAAGGCUGUUUUUGCUUGGUUUCAAGAAAUCCAUGCCAAAAACAUUCUUGUGACUGGUUCUGUGAUUCGGAAGAAAGCACUAAACUUGGCCAACAUGCUUGGCUAUGACAAUUUUCAAGCAAGUGUGGGUUGGUUGAACAGAUUUAGAGAUCGCCACGGAAUUGCUUUGAAAGCUGUCUGUAGAGAGGAUGGUGACAGGUUAAUGAAUGGUCUAGGAAUAGAUAAGGUUAACGAGUGGCAUGCAGGGGAAAUUAUAAAACUAAUUGCUGACUACAGCCCAGAUGAUAUCUUCAAUGCUGAUGAGGCAGGAGUGUUUUUCCAGUUGCUUCCCCAGCACACACUUGCUGCUAAAGGGGACCAUUGUAGAGGGGGCAAGAAAGCAAAGCAGCGGUUGACAGCACUCUUUUGUUGCAAUGCUUCAGGGACUGAAAAAAUGAGACCAUUGAUUGUUGGUAGGUCAGCCAGCCCACGCUGCUUCAAGAAUGUCCAUUCCCUGCCUUGUGAUUACCGAGCCAACCAAUGGGCAUGGAUGACGCAGGACCUGUUUAAUGAGUGGCUAAUGCAAGUAGAUGCCAGGAUGAAGAGGGCAGAACGCCGGAUCCUCCUGCUCAUUGACAACUGUUCAGCUCACAACAUGCUUCCACGCUUAGAAAGGAUUCAGGUGGGAUAUCUGCCCUCAAACUGUACUGCUGUCCUGCAGCCACUGAAUCUUGGAAUAAUUCACACCAUGAAAAUGCUAUAUAGGAGUUACCUUCUAAAACAGAUCCUCCUCAAGCACACUGGUAAUAAAGAUCAAGAAAAAGUGGACAUCAAGCAGGCCAUUGACAUGAUUGCUGCAGCAUGGUGGUCAGUCAAGCAGUCCACAGUGGUGAAAUGUUGGCAGAAGGCAGGCAUCAUCCCUAUGGAACUUACAGAUUCUGGUGCAGAAGUAGUAGCCAAAGAACCAGACAUUGCUAUUGAAAAGUUAUGGCACUCAGUGGCUAUUGCCACAUGUGUCCCAAAUGAAGUAAAUUUCCAGGACUUUGUCACUGCAGAUGAUGAUCUCAUCAUCUCCCAGGAGCUGGUGGAUACAGAGAUCAUCCAGGACAUGGUGACUGGUAAAAAUAUUGGUGAUGCUGGAAGUGAAGAUGAGGAGGAAGAGGUUUGUUUACCAGAGCAGCCAAAAAUCACCAUCACAGAAGCCAUCUCAAGUGUACAGAAACUUAGACAAUUCCUUUCCACUUGUACAGGGGUUCCUGAUGCCAUUUUUGGACAGCUAAAUGGAAUAGAUGAAUAUUUAAUGAAAGGAGUGACACUUAGUCUUACUGAUUCCCAAAUUACAGAUUUCCUCCAAGCAAUGUAAUGUAGGAAUUAACUGCCUCUUUUACUUUAGAAAAUAUUUUUCAAGAAUAAAGAUUUCUUUAGAUAUGAUAUUGAACUAAUUUAAGUAAAGCAAUAUUAUUAUGACAACAUGCCAGUACUCAGAGAUAAUCAGGAAACUUGAACAGAAUUUGGGAAUGAAAUUUGGCUAAUGUGUGUGCUCCCUUUUGAUUAAUCCAGUAGUUUUCAAAUCUGUCUGUAAUUAGGAGCACUUGAGAAUCUUCUAAUAAUCCCAAAGCCCAAGCCAUAUCCCAGAUCAGUUAAAUCACAGUCUCUGUUGAUGUGUCGUAGGCAUUUAGUAGUUUUGAAUCUCCCCAGGUGAUUCUAGUGUGUGCCAAGUUUGGAAACUUUUGAAGUAACCACAGGAAAAUCAAGUACUUUAUGGACAUAGAGCCAACUACUUCCCAACAAGUCUAGGUCAGUGGUUUCCAGAGUUUAACUCACAUCAGAAUCAUUUGGAAGACUUGUUAAAGCCCAAGAAUUUUGAGUUCUACCUUCAGAAUUUUGUAUUCAGUAGGUAUCGGGGGAUCCCAAGAACUUGCAUUUCUAGUAAGUCCUCAUCUGAUGGUCCAGGGUCCAUACUUAGAGAACCACUGACAUAGCUGGGUUCUAGUACCCCCUCUUCAGAUGGCCUUCUAAGUGCUCUCUGUUGCUGUAUUAAAAAAAAAAAAAAAUCAGCUGUUCUUACUUCAGGGCUAUUUAAUUCCUUUAUCCUUUCUGCUGAUUUUUUAACUCUAGAACUUUUCUAGCUAUCCUCUUGAAUGCCCCCCAAAUUAUCCAGGUUUUCAAUAGACGUACAUGUGUUUGUGCCCAAGGAAUUAACAAGAGCCAUCUAGCCCACUAAAAUAUCUUGUAGAGCUUUAAACAUAAUUAUUAGGGAGCUGGAGUACAGGGAAAUAAAAAGCAUAAAAGAGACAUGGAUAUGCGCUAGGACAGAAGGUAUAAUAAAGAGAAUCCUGUUAAUCAGCAUCACGGGGGAGACCAUACAGCCCAGCCUGCCUCUCACUUUCCAGACAGGGUGAAAGGAAAGUUUGUUAGAUGACUCCUGUAAUGGUGUUUGGAUCACACCCUGAUUUGGAUUUUUCUCACUGUUCUUCUCAAUCCCUGUGGAUAAUCUAAUCUGUACCAUAUAGUCAAAAUGAAGACAUACAUUUUCCCUCUACUAAGAUUGUUCCAUAAAUCACCUUUUUCCAAUUGCACUUGUUCUUCAGAGAAGUCAAAGUUAAUUCUAAGUUAUUUAAGAUUAUAUGAAUUUAUAAUCAAAUUUAUAUCAAAGUUUUUUCCCUAUAAAGAAGGCAUUCUUUUUUUCUUCUUUGCAAUACAAAGGAUCAAACCUAGGGCCUCACCCAUGUCAGGCAAGUGCUCUACCACUAAGCUACAUCCCCAGCCUAGAGAAGACAUUCUUAAUAUUCUUUAUAACUCUAGUAUUUAUUCCUGAGAAAUCAUAUAAAUACCAUUUCAUUUUUAGAAGGUACACCCAGUACCUGUUAAUGUGGUUGUGGUUUUAUUUUUCAACCUGCCCCCACCCUGGGUAAAUUUUGUAGAUAUUUCAGAAACACACAAGAAUUCAUUUUUCUUUCUGCAGUUAACUGAAACAUAUAAAGCAGAUUACUCAUAGAAAUUAUUGCUUCCAUAUUGAACAAAACAACAAACAUGAAAAAAAUAGAUGCUUACAUAGAUUUUUAAAAGCUUAUUUUGGAUAUUUUUCCUUUCAACAAAUUAGUAUGAGAAUUUAGAAGUAUUAUACAUAUUUUAAAUUAACACUUGGGAAAGGAAAACAAUGUCUACUAGCCAAAUCCUGUGGUUGUAUCUCAUCCUUAGCUCUUCAAUUGCCCUCAUCAUCCUCUUGUAUCAUUGACACAUUUUGUAAUCCUUUCCCUUACCUUUCUCCUGAAGUCCCUCCUGUACAUUUUGUUAGGUCUGUUGGCAUCAAACAGUGUCCCUUGCCUAAGUGUGUUUGUUGGCUCUCAAAUGCCUACAGCAAUAAAAGACCGGUUUUAGUAUCCUGUGUAGUUGAAUGCAAUUUCCGACACAAUUCAGUGAGUGUGAUGCUCCCAUUGUCAUCCAUUCCAUACACAUUUCUGCUUCUGUGCCUUUGCCAAAAUGACUUGCCCUGCUUUCUGUCAAGUUAGGCCAUA